GAUGCUUAUUCAAUAUGGCUACUGGUAAACUAAUGGCGACUAGCGUUUUUGUGUAUUCGGUAGUAUUAUUGUGAGGUUGUAAAAAGUCGUUCUAUACGUAACAUCUAUAAAUAGUGAUUGUAGAUUUAAAUCAAACCAAUUUUGAACUAUUGUUCACUACUGUACACAAUACUGUAGCACUUCGGCGGCAAGUUCCACGAUGCGUCGAAAGAGUGAACGCACCGCCAGCAAAAAAAAUAAAUCUUCUCCGGACAAGAAGGAGAAGGUUGAAAAAGCAAAACAUACUAGAACACGACGCAGAAAACCAUCCUCAUCGUCGGCAAGUGAGACUACUGAAGAACCUCGUCCUGUAGUUGCAGUCGCUAAAAUUGUUGAAACAAAAGCAAUCGAAUCUAAGCUGUCAAAGGAAGAUAAUUCUAACGAGUCGGAGGAUCAGGUAUGGCAAGUUAAAUCUACGGAAAGUUCCGGAGAUGUUGGUGAAAUUCAAAAGUUAAAAUUAUGCCUUGCUCGACCACCUUCAACACCUGAAAGAGUGGAUAGGUCACCUAAAAGUAAAAGGAAACAUCCUCGAGCUACCAGCUCCAGUGAUGGCCAAAGUGUAGAAGGAGAUGACAAGAAAAAGUCUAGGCAUCGUUCUAAACGGCACAGUCACAGUGAGACGCAAGAUGUGGAGAAAAAUGUUGAUCAAGAUGAUAAAACUGAAGAAAUAAAAGAUGUGUCACCAACCAAACCAUGCAAGACUGAAACCAGUCAAAGUUGUAACCAAAAAACAUCUUCAACUGAUGAAACACCUGUGUCAACAACUACUGAAGAAAUUAAAAGUGAUAACGUAGAAACCAAUGAAGCAGAGAAAACUGAAGAAAAACCAGAAGAAGAAAAAUCCACAGAGACAGAGUCUUCAAAGGAUGCUGAAGUUCAAGACAAGGCUUUGGAUGCUGAAGCAGCAACUGCAUCUCCAAAAUCAGAUACUGAAAAAGAACAAAAAGAUAGUAUAAUCCUACCAAAUCAAGAAAGUCCAGUCAGGAAAAGAAGUCUUUCAGCAGAGAAAUCAGAAAUUUUGGAGUUGCAUGCUGAGGAGAGCCGGUGUGAAACAUCAGAAGUGAGUUUUAGUGAAUCCCAGGAUGCAAAAUCGAAAACAUCGUUAGAAGAGGAUAAGGAUGGGAGCAAUUUUGUUCCAAGUGAGGUAAGUAUUAAUAAAAGUACAACUGAAAUUUCAGGGCAACCAGGGUCUAGUAGCGACGUUAAAGUAACUCCUGACAAAAGCAAGGACAAUAUAUUUCCUAACACUACUGAAGACAACAUAUUUCCUAACAGUACUGAAAACAAAAUAUUUCCAAACAGUACUGAAGAAAAAAUAUCUACUAUCAAUAGUGAGGAUAACGUUAUUCCUGACAAUAACGAAGACAAAGUAACUCCUAAAAAUAGUGAAGAUAAUGAAACUCCCAAUAAUGCAGAGAUCAUAAAAUCUCCUAUAAAGAAUGACAUAGAGCAUGAUAAAAGUAUAGAAAAGGAAUUAACAACUACCCCAGAUUCUACACAAGAUGGUGCUUCUAAAACAGAAACUGUAUCCCAAAUUAACAAAGAGAAUUCUCAAACUACUCCAGAUAUUCCUAAUGGGGAAAUAACCCCAAUGGUCAUUAAUAGAAAAAGAAGAUGGGGUUCACGGCCUAGUAAAUUGACAUCCCAAAAAUCUAUAACAAUUUCUACUGAUGUUCUAAAAGAAAUAAUACCAGAUGUGAAGCCUGCUGAAUUUGAUGAAGUGAUUGAAGAGAAGAAGCAUAAAAGGAUAGGUGUACCUGAGAAAAUUGACAGACCUAUUCUGCCAAAAAUAAUCAUUGACAAUACAGACAAUGUAGAAGUUAGUAAGAAGGAAAAAAAAAUUGAGGAUAAAGUUAAUGAAAACGUUAAACUCAAGGACUCAAAUCUUUCAUCAGCGCGUAAAAUAUCAAUCGUUAAAGAUCAUGACAGCAUAAUUGCAAGGCCACCUAGUCCACCAAGGCAUAAGCAGUCCAGUAUUUUGUACAUUACAAACUUAGUAAGGCCAUUCACUUUGCCACAGCUAAAAAAUUUACUGCAAAGAACUGGAAGAAUAGUAGAUAAUGGCUUUUGGAUAGACAGGAUUAAAUCAAAAUGUUAUGUUAAAUAUGAUAUUGAAGACCAAGCCGUUGAGACAAGACAUGCUUUGCAUGGAGUCACAUGGCCAGUCUCAAAUCCAAAGACAUUACAUGUGGACUUUGCAACAGAAGAGGACUUUGAUAAAGCUAAGGCUAAUGAAGAAUCGGAUAAUGCAAAAGUUUCUACCAUUCCUGGUACAGUUGAAGAUUGGCUGCGGGAGCAAGAUAUGAAAAGAGAAAAAGGGGAAUUGGAGAAACCAUGGGAACGAAAAACUGCAAUGCGAGAAUGGGAUGUUGGUAAAAAUGAAAAAUCAAAGGAAGUAAUUCGCCCCGAUAAGAACCUAAAAGAAGAGCGACCUCCUGAGAAGAGAAGACAUCGAACUAUUGAGAGAAGCCCUGAGCCAGCGCGGAAAUUUAAGAAGAAAGAAGAGGAAGCCCCUGCAAAGCUCUUGGAUGACUUAUUUAGGAAGACAAAAGCAACGCCUUGCAUAUAUUGGUUGCCGCUUUCUGCUGAAACAAUCGCCGUGAAAGAGGAGCAGCGACGGCAGCACAUGGCUGAGCACGAGCGUAGGCUGCAAGAAUUGCGACGUACUCACCGCCGACAUUAACAUCUGUAUCUCCAUCGUUUUUAUUUAAAGUCGGGGACGUGGUUGGUUUGGGCAACGCUCUUCACUGCGGUGGCAGCGCGGAACCCCUUCACGCUAAAUGAGUUUGUGUCAGGAAGGUUUUCGCAGCGUGGAUUUAAUGGCACCUGGAUCUCUGACACUGAGUUUUCGUACACAAAAGCAGGUGAACCUGGCAUUUACGUCUUCGAUGUACCCACACUCGAGAGCAAGGAGCUCGUGUCAGGCGCUUUAAUGGAACAACUGAACACCAGCAGGCCUAGACUUUCAGAAGAUAGAAAGUUCAUUUUAGCACCUAGUGAAGUAGAGUCGGUGUACAGAUACUCUACAACGGCUAAGUUUUCCUUGUACGAUAUUGAUAAUAAGUCCACAAAAAACAUUGCGAAUCACCAACGUUUACAGCUCUGUUUAUUUGGUAACAACGAUUCCUUGGCCUACGUGCUGAACAACAAUUUGUACUAUGUACCCCAGGGUAGUGACCAGCCAGUACAGCUAACUUUCGAUGGUAUCCCUGGGACUAUUUACAAUGGACAUACGGAUUGGGUGUACGAAGAGGACGUUAUGUACACGGGUCAAGCCACAUGGUUCUCCAAGGAUGGCAGGUAUCUGGCCUUUGCUAGUUACAACGAUACGUUAGUGGAAUCGUACUCCUAUUAUUACUUUGAAGACAAAUCGGAUCCCGACGAUGUGUAUCCUGAACUUGUUGAUCUUAAAUAUCCUAAGGUAGGACGUACCAAUCCAACUGUAACUCUACGCGUAGUGGAUGUUUGGAAUCUGCAAACGAAUCCAAAUUUCAUAACUCUUGAGGCACCGGCCGAAGUGACAGCUGACCAUAUACUGGGUGGGGUAACCUGGUUAACCGAUACGGAGAUAGCUGCGCACUGGCUGAAUAGGCGGCAAAAUUACACUGUGCUCAAGAUAUGUGAUGUCGUCACUGGGAAGUGCGAGGACGAGCAUCGUGAACAACCUAAUGGUUGGGUACCAAUCGAGUUGCCACGCUUCAGUAACGACGGAGACUUUUUCAUAUCAAUGCGUUGGUCUUUAGAGCAAGCCAAUGGCAAUAUUUGGCAGCAUUUGUACAAGAGCGUAAGGAUUAACGGACAGAUAUCGUCAAGUUCAAUUACACCUGGGGAGUUCACUGUUAACAAUAUCGUUGGGAUGGAUGAAAAGAAUUUGCAAUAUUAUUUCACCCGCACGGUUACAAAUGCGCCCUGGCAGUCGCAGGUCCAUACUGUGGGCGCUCGCGCACACUGUAUCAGUUGUACAAUAGUAUUACCGGACGGGGGGCCUUGCGCGUGGGCAACGGCAACAGCCAGUAGAGGCGGCUCCUACUUGACUGUCACUUGCUCCUCGCCUGAAGAACCAUCUGCCACCUAUAUCGUCAAUCCAUUGCUAGAUCCUAGGAUUCAUGAUACAAUACUUUAUACGUGGGAAACAAAUGAAGUAGUACGAGAGCGUCUAGAAGGCAAGGAUAGACCGCUGAGCAUCAUCACUACGGUUCCUUUGGAGAACGGGAGGCCAGCGCCGGUGAGGCUGUUACUACCACCGGGGAUCAAUGUAAACGACACAACAACAAAAUAUCCUCUGGUUUUCUUCGUAUACUCCGGUCCUAAUACGAACACAGUUUAUGAUACUUUCACUGUCGGAUACCAUUCGUAUCUCACAACCAGUCGCGAUACGAUCUACAUGAUGGCGGAUAGACGUGGAGCAGGUCUUAACGGGCAAGAAAUGUUGUAUUCUCUGAACAAUGCACUCGGCACGGUCGAAGUUUUCGAUCACUUCGUUGUUUUAAGGCAAGUGCUGCAACGGUACGCGUUUAUCGACAGUUCACGUGUCGGAAUCUUUGGACACAGUUAUGGUGGAUACGCCACCUUGUUAACACUCGCUCAUGAUAAUGAUAACAUGUUCAAAUGCGGCGUUUCCGGAGCGCCUGUUACGUCUUGGCUCUAUUACAAUACAAUGUACACUGAGCGUUAUAUGGGUCUUCCAACGGCGGAAGACAACUUGGCCGGUUACGAAGCGGGCGAUGUAACGCUUUUAGCUGAAAAGCUAAGGGGGAAGGACUUGUAUCUCAUGCAUGGGAACGCUGACGAUAACGUGCAUUACCAGAAUGCGGCUAAGCUAAUAAAGAGACUCGCGGAACUUAAUAUACCAUUCCAGCAAAUGUCAUAUCCUGAUGAAGCGCAUAGUUUAGCUGGAGUUGGUAUGCACAGGUAUGGUACAAUGAAUCGUUAUUGGGAGAAGUGCAUACAAAUACCCGCUGAAAUCACAAGCGACGUCGUGGGUGAAGCUUAAAAUAUUUAGUUCCUAUUUCGAUAUUCUGAACCUUUAAUUUAUUUGAACACAAAUAAACUCGAUUGCAUAUUUGGACGCAAGGAAUUGUAAGUUUUGCGAAAUUAUAUAUUUGUGAACUAAACAAAACUCAGGGGUAAAAAAGUAGUGCUGUCUUUUUCUACAGGCAUUGGGAAAGGAUAACCCUAAUUUUAAGAACAAUCAAUUUAGUUCCUGUACCAAUGCGAUGCGUAUUUAUAGUUCAUUUAAUUAAUUUUGUUU